AGCGGACGCAGGCGACAGUCCUUUGAACUUUGAUUUUGCCAACACAGACGGACAGACGGAUGAUCUCAUGGAGUUGCAGAAAUUCAUCAAUAAAACUUCCAAAGACAUCAAGGAGAUGAGUUUUGAUACUGCAUAUAAAGAUUAUACAUAUGAGUUUGAGGAUGAAGAGAGAAAGAUACUUCAAGAGCAAACAAAUGCCGAGAACGCCCAGGAAGAAGGCAACGAGGAAAGAAAAAGACACCACAGACUUAAAAGAAAGGUGGUUUUCAGUGACCAUGUAACCGAAUCGGACACCGACGCCAUUGAUGCCAAGUCCCUCGAGCGGUCACAUAAAAACGCUAGAGCGAACAAAAAUAAGGGACUGGACCCUAGUGAGAUUGAGCUGAAUUUUGAUUUUGGAGAUGAAAGCCCGGAUGAAGGGAAUAUUUCGUUAGACAAUAAGUCUGACAAUCCCAAGAAAGGAAAUUCGAAAAAGAGAGGUUUCAAGAAUUCUCGCAAAGGUUUAUCCAGUCCUGAUCUAUUGUCCCUUUUGCAAGAAACCUCGCUUGACAAUGAGUAUAGCAGUGAUUUUGAUUCCGAAAGUGAUUCCGAUGGCCAUAUGACUGGAGACAAGGAAAAGCGCGGGUUGUACGAGAUUGACGGAGAGUCGCUAUCAUCACCCUCAGCUGAAAGGAAGAAGCAUCGAAAUAAACACUGCCAACAUUUCCUGAAGCAAAAAACUCAAGACUACUACAGCAAACUCCCCAAGUUGUUAAAAACGUCCGAACUUAAGGCUAAGCUUCCGUUAAAAACUCGAUCUAAAUUAGAGAAAAUCGGGAAAGAAGCGAACCACCUGUGCAUGGCUCGACAUAAAAUCGCCUACGACAGAGCUCUAACACUUGCAAGAUUUAGAUCCCUCCCAUUCAGCCACUCUUUUUUGUCCCGAAAAAUUAGCGAUAUGCAUACAUUUUCGUAUUUUCCUGGCCUUCCAAGAGACGAAAAAGUUUUGGAAAAGGACGGCGAGGAAAGCAGCUCACAAGAAAUUAAAAAGAAGAAACUUCCGGCAAUCCCAUCAUAUGGUAGAGAGGCGAUAUUUGGAGACAUUGAUAUGGAUGACUUCUACUCUCAAGAGGAUGAACUGAUUUAUUUUAUUAAUCCUGAAGAGUUGAAAAAUGUUGUUGCGUCGACAACGUCUGGCGAGGAGAGUACCAGAAAUGAAGAUCAGAUCUCCUCUCGCUCAGUAACUACAGCGUAUACCUCUCGAGCAAACACUGCUAAACCCAACUCUGGGGUUGAGACAGAUAACUCCUGA